UUUUUUUUUUUGUUAUUAUACCCUACUAUUUUAUACAUGACUGAAUUCGUAGUCUAUGAAGACUCCCCCCUUGAUGAAUACCUGCAAUCUGUUGACAAGGUAGAAACCACUGUCAAAGUGACGCCUCCAUCUCUUGUCAUUGGCACCAACUCAAAUACUUCAAUCAUUCAUAAACGUCCCAGUAUUUCCAGAAUGUGGAGACACUCCAUGUUCCAUGAUGCAUUUUCAAUAUCUUUACCUAGAGGAGAAGAAACCGCCUUUGAAGAAAAGUUCAAGUACCUAAUUGUUACUUCUCCUUUAUUGAACGAAACCUUAUCUGUUCAUCAUAAGCGUCAUUCGCAUCAACCUGAUUUCCAAGCAGCAACACCCACCAUGUCUAAACUUGCCAUCACGACCAACUUGGCUGCUACACUGGCUAUUUUACUUGGCACAGAAAAAUGUUUGAUUCAACCCAAACUUCCCAUCAUUACCUUGUUUUUCACAGCGUCUGCUUCCUUGUUUUUCUUUUACCGUCACAAGCGCCGCUCGAGUAUUCGACAAUUGUACCAGAUUGCGUUGACAAAGAUUGGUGGUUUUACAGAUCAAAGUGAUACGUUUGACACGAAAGUGCAUCGUUGUUUGAUUACGAUUCAAGAGAUUGAACUGGUGUCACGCGGAUAUCGAUUAUCGACGCCCUUGUCUCCUAUUUCGCGUAUCGAGCAAAAGAGCAAGCAUCGUAAAUGUAUUCAACUCCGCAACCGGCUAGCUUCCGUCCUCAGAAGAGCCUUUAUGUUGUAUGAAGAGGCCAUUAUUGAUUUGAUGGAUGUCAUUCAUAAGAAGAACUUGAAUACGCUUUAUGAAAUGUAUAAUGUGCAUUCCAUUGCCUCUCUUUCGGCCAUGGGGGAUGGUGCAGGUGGUGGAGGAGAUGAUGAAGGUUAUAGUUUGGAUCAGUUAAAGAAACUGGCUCAGAUUAUGCAUUUAAAGAGAAGAGAAUGUAUGGUUCAUUUCUUGGCAUUGGGAGCUAUGACAGAGGAUCAUGACUCGGUACAUUAUAAUUAUCGUGAUGAUUGGCGUGCCAUUAAUGAAGUCUUGACUAAAUUGGUGACGGAGACAGAUAAGUUUACCACGGAGAUUGUGGAAGCACUCGAUGCAGAAUUCUAUAAACCAUUGAAUUCGUUCGACAAGAAUAAUUAUACCACAAAAAUUUCAGAUACGCGUCUCAAGAAAUUUGUUCAUCGAUUAUCGUCUCUUGAGCAACAGUUGCGGACCAUGGAGGCUAAAAUUUAUUUAUGCAGUGAGGAUGUGCGGCAAUUAAAUUCAUCGGAGUCUACAAUGGAGACCCGAGAAAGAUUAUUGAAUGAGUAUAUGUCUGUUCAAAAGGGGUUUGAAAAUAUGGCGUCUGAAUGGGAAAUUGGUCGAGCCGUACUUGAGUCCUUUUUAAAUCCUCCUUCUUCUCUCCUCACCAAAGAAGAAGAAGAGGAAGAGGAACAGGGGUCUCCUUUAACAGAGGAAGAAGAAUUAGAAGGAAAAGGUAUCGUGCUUGAUUCCGAAGAUGUGGCUGAUAUUUUGAAUUUACCUUUGGCAUCCAAAGCAUCCGUCUUUGAAGCCAUUGCCGGUGUCGUAGAGAAAAAUGGCAGAGAGAAAUCCAAAAUGACACGUCGAGAACGGAUUGAAGAGAUGCGACUCAAACGAACCAAAGAGACGGAAGAGAAAUCCACACGUUUAGACUCUCAAACGAUGGUGCAUGAAUUAAAGAGUGUUCUUCAUAAAAGAAUUAACGACUUAGAUUUAGAAGACAGUAGUGAAGAUACCCAGACAAAUGUAUAAGGCAAAAAAUAAAUAAAAAUAAAAACAAAUAUUUAUUAUCUAU